AUGCCCGCCAACUAUCCCGUGCGUAACCUGCCUUCGUCUUUGAUGCCUCAGGACUGCCACAACAUCCGGCUCCUCCGAUUGGUUUCUCUCCCUGUCACGUAUGAGAUGAUCUCGUACAUAGCGUGGAUCUCCGAGUCAAUCGUCUGUGACGGUGACUACUCCUUGCCGACUCCUGAGCCUCCUGGAAGCCCGGAGAUCCCCGAUUUGGAGGAUUUUAUAACGCACGUUUGCACUCGAUCCAAUGUUUACACGGCUACACUCCUUUGCGUUGUCAUAUAUCUCAACAGACUUCGCGCCAGGAUGCCCACAUUGGCCUCUGCUGCUCCGGGAACUCCUCAUCGUUUGUUCAUAGCAUCCCUUAUUGUUGCCGCAAAGUAUCUGAAUGACUGUGCUCCGAAGAACAUCCACUGGAUGUUUUGCGCCAAUAAUCUGUUCGAUCUCCGCGAGAUCAACCUGAUGGAGAAGCAGAUGCUUUUCCUCCUCGACUUCAAACUCAGCUUCACUGAAAGGGAGGCACUAAUGGAUUGGGCUCCGCUCCUU